AUGGCACGAGGGGUAUACGUUGAUCGACCAACAACAUUUGGAUACGGAAAAUCCUUUGAAAAAGUACUACGCCAAACUACGGAGCACCAUUGGACCUACGAACAAGCUCUCCAGCAAGAGCAACACCAAAAUGGAUUCGAUUCCCGUUGGAGCCGAAUAGAGGUUUCUGAGGCGAAUCGACGCAUUAAGGACAUUGCUGUUUCUAAGGGAAAUAAUAUGAUUGAUAACUUCAAUCGCACUAGCGAAAUUCAAUUCUCUCAGAUAAUGCCUAUCAACAAUACCUUCCACUCAAUUCAGUCAGAAGUGAAGGCGACAACCAAAAAGGAGAAUUGGUAUACAAAGACCAGCAACACCUUACUUUUGAGGAGCCAGGAAAUCGGAGAGCGUAAGAAAACUACCAGCGGAGGUCGCCCAGCAGGAUACAUCAAGCAUUUUCAAGUCGAUAUUUACGACUUCAACCGACAAGAAAGAGAGGACCUGGACGAAGGAACAAAGCACAUCAAUUUCCUACACUCAAUCGAGAUCAAGGCUAGUACGAAUCAUCGCCGUAAAACCACCGAAAGAGAUCACCCACCUAUUCCCGCCAAGGAAUAUAUUUCUCGUCACGGGACCCUUAUACGGAGUACCAAAGUCCGAGACUAA